AUGUCCGAAAAGGAUGUGUCACGCUUCCUCAAGCGACCAGGAAGCUCCCCACGAUUUGUGUAUGGGGUUCUCAUGCUUCCCACUGUCUUAAAAUAUUACAUCGGCAUGGAACAACGCUGCGAAAUCCACAACUCCAUGACCCAAGCCACAAUAUCCGGCUAUCAAUUACAUCAAUACGCUGAAUCGAGUUCGCCUGUCAUCACGCCUUCUUCAGAUCCAAAAGCUAUUGUGGAGGGAAUGCUUAUAUUCAACCUCAAUGAGCAGCAACGAAAUGCUCUCUACGAAUUCGAGGCAGGAUUGAUGCAUCUUACCAGUGUCCAGGUGGAAAUAUGUGAGAAAGAUGCAGAUCAGAUGCAUCAGCUUCAUACUGUGGAUGCUGGGGCUUUUACUUGGACCGAUUCUACACAAGGAAUGACUCGUGUUUCUGAUUCUUCCUUGUGUAUUGGAAAGUUUCUGAACAGCCCAUUUUAUCGAUCCAGCGUCGAAGUACGUGAAUGGGGCAAUUGA